AUGGCUGAUGAAAGAGAUUUCUUAUCCACAGAGAUUGUGAACCGUGGGAUUGAGUCUUCAGGGCCCAAUGCUGGUUCCCUAACGUUUUCAGUGAGGGUUAGGAGAAGGUUGCCUGACUUUCUUCAAUCCGUAAACCUAAAGUAUGUCAAGUUGGGUUACCAUUACCUUAUCAAUCAUGCCAUCUAUUUGGCCACCAUACCUGUUUUGGUCCUUGUGUUUAGUGCUGAGGUGGGGAGCCUUAGCAGGGAAGAGUUGUGGAAGAAACUUUGGCAAGAUGCUCGCUAUGAUCUUGCCACCGUGCUUGCUUCCUUUGGUAUUCUUGUGUUCACAGUUUCUGUCUACUUUAUGUCACGCCCCAGGUCUAUUUAUCUCAUUGAUUUUGCCUGUUAUCGUCCUAAUGAUGAUCUCAAGGUGACGAAGGAUCAGUUCAUUGAGCUGGCAAGAAAAUCAGGCAAGUUUGACGAGGCGAGCCUGGAAUUUCAGAAAAGAAUUCUAAAGUCGUCAGGCUUAGGAGACGAGACCUAUAUUCCAAAAGCAAUAAUGUCACAAGAGAAUUGUGCAACCAUGAAGGAAGGUCGUGCUGAAGCAUCAACAGUAAUGUUUGGUGCACUUGAUGAGCUCUUUGAAAAAACCAGGGUCCGUCCAAAGGAUGUUGGGAUCCUGGUAGUGAACUGCAGCAUUUUUAACCCAACCCCAUCACUCUCUGCCAUGAUUAUCAAUCGCUACAAGAUGAGGGGUAACAUUUUAAGCUUUAAUCUUGGUGGAAUGGGGUGCAGUGCUGGGAUUAUAGCGGUGGACUUAGCCCGUGACAUGUUGCAAGCUAACCCAAAUAAUUAUGCUGUGGUGGUUAGUACUGAGAUGGUGGGCUAUAACUGGUAUCCAGGACGAGACCGUUCUAUGCUUAUCCCUAAUUGUUAUUUUAGGAUGGGUUGCUCCGCCGUACUCUUGUCUAACCGCCGCCGUGACUUUCGCCGUGCCAAGUACCGCCUUGAACAUAUUGUCCGGACCCAUAAAGGCGCUGAUGAUCGUAGUUUCAGGUGUAUUUACCAAGAGGAAGAUGAACAAAAAUUCAAGGGACUAAAAGUCAGCAAAGAUCUCGUAGAAAUAGGAGGUGAAGCACUAAAAACUAACAUCACCACACUAGGCCCUCUGGUGCUCCCCUUCUCAGAGCAGCUCCUCUUCUUUGCUACGCUGGUUUGGAGGCAUUUAUUUGGCAACGACAAUGGAUCCCCAUCAUCACCACCCUCAAAGCCUUACAUUCCAGACUACAAGCUUGCAUUUGAGCACUUCUGUGUCCAUGCAGCCAGCAAGACGGUGCUCGACGAGCUGCAAAGAAAUCUUGGACUGAGUGACAAGAACGUUGAGGCAUCAAGAAUGACACUACAUAGGUUUGGCAACACUUCUAGUAGUAGUGUUUGGUAUGAGUUGGCAUACUUGGAAGCAAAGGAAAGGGUGAAGAGAGGAGACAGGGUUUGGCAAAUUGCUUUCGGGUCUGGGUUCAAGUGCAACAGUGUGGUUUGGAGGUCCAUGAGGCGUGUGAGAAAGCCUUCUAAGAAUAAUCCAUGGCUUGAUUCCAUUGACAGAUACCCUGUGCCUUUGUAG